AUGGCGUCCAGGGACGCGGAGAGCAUCUGCAGCAUCCAGAUGGCGACGGGGAUACUGGACGGCGAGCUGGACGAGUCUCCGGGAGCGCUUCAGGAUCAAGAUGAUACUCCGUGCUCCGUUUUGUUUAGCAUGCCGGCCUCGCCAUCGGGGCUCCACCCCUUCUCAGGCCGUCUCGAGCGGCAGCUCUCUAUCCUCCGUGGGGUGGUGCCACACGAGCCGCCAACGGACGACAUUGAGCGCGGUGCCGCGUCCAAGAUCUCCGAGGAGCACACCGACGAGGACAAUGACAUUCCCUCCGCCGACCGCUACUUUGCCGCCCUUGAAGGCCCUGAGCUCGAGACCCUUCGGUCAACAGAGGUGGCGGUGCUGCCCAAUGAUGAGCCCUGGCCGUUUCUCCUCCGAUUUCCGAUCAGUGCGUUCGGAAUGUGCCUGGGCGUGAGCAGCCAGGCAAUGUUGUGGAAGACUCUUUCGUCAGAGCACUCCACGGGGUUCCUCGGCGUGAACCCCGCCGUCAACCACGUCCUCUGGUGGGCCUCCGUCGCCCUCACCGUCAUUGUAUCCAUCACGUACCUCCUCAAGGUUGUGUUCUAUUUCGAGGCCGUCCGCCGUGAGUUCCACCAUCCGGUCCGUGUCAACUUCUUUUUCGCGCCCUGGAUCGCUUGCCUCUUCCUCGUCAAGGGCUCGCCCCGUCUAGAGAGGGAGAUAAACCACAUCGUCUGGUACCUCCUCAUGACACCUAUCCUCUGCCUCGACCUCAAGAUCUAUGGCCAGUGGAUGUCUAGCGGUGAGCGCCGGCUCUCCAAGGUGGCCAACCCGUCCAACCACCUCGCCGUCGUUGGCAACUUUGUGGGAGCACUACUUGGUGCCAAGAUGGGCCUCCAUGAGUUGCCCAUAUUUUUCUUUGCCGUCGGGUUCGCUCACUACCUCGUGCUCUUUGUCACCCUCUACCAGAGGCUUCCCACCAACAUGCAACUCCCCAAGGAGCUCCAUCCGAUCUUCUUCUUCUUCUUCAGUGUACCCAGUGUCGCCUCUAUGGCAUGGGCGAGGAUCUCUGGCGAGUUCAACCAUGGCCCCAAGCUUCUUUACUUCGUCUCACUAUUCCUCUACGCGUCCUUGGUGGUACGCAUCAACCUGUUCAGGGGGGUUCGGUUCUCAUUGACGUGGUGGGCCUACACAUUCCCGCCAACGAGCGCCGCGCUAGCCACCGUGUUGUACGCAUCAGAGGUGGAAAACAUGUUGACCCGAGCAUUGGUGGUCGGGCUGGCAGGGAUCGCCACCGUCACAGUCAUUGGAGUCAUGGUCAACACUGUAUACCAUGCCUUUGUGAGUAAGGACCUCUUCCCCAAUGAUGUGUCCAUCGCCAUCACGAGGCAAAGGCCAAAGUUCAACAAGAUCCUUGCACACCUCCGCUCAUCCAGCCCCGAUGAGGGCACCGUUUAA